AUGGUCGCUUUAACUGCAUCUGAGUUGCCACCGUCAAAAAGUUACCUCCCUCCUCCAGCAGCACGAAGCGCUGGAUAUCCCCAGGGUCCCCAGGGUGGUGCGCCCUUCAACGCCGGGAUCCCGGAAGUGGUGGCAGCCAGGAGUCUAGAUGCUCAUGGGCAGGAAGCCCACGGGAAUAGCUUCGCAAGAAGCAUUCCCCACGACCACGGGACCAAUACGAAGGUCGGUAGACUUGGAGACCACGCACAGGAAUACGACGAGCUCAGAAGGAACGCCGUCGAAGGCGCGAGUGAAGAACCCGCCAACUACAAUUUCGGAUACAUGGUGAAUGAUUACCAAGAAGGCACCGAAUUUGGCCAUCACGAAGAGAGUUUGGAGGGAUCUGCCCAUGGAAAAUACCAGGUCCUGCUGCCCGAUGGGAGGAGACAGACUGUCAGCUACGAAGCGGAUGGCCGCGGUUUCAAGCCUCGCGUCUCCUACCAAGACAAUGAGGAUCUCGGCCGCAGCGGGUACGAUUCUAAUGCCAGCAAUCUGCGCUCCGCCGGCGGUAACCAUGACAACAACUUCGCGCGGAGUAACCAUGACAAUGGCAUCACCCGCGGCAACCAUGACAACGGCUUCGGCCGCGGUAACCACCGCGCCCGGUCUAACGGUUAU